UCAGUUUCCAACCACUUGGUUGCAUCCUCGUCAGAAGCUACAAAAGUAAUUCAGGACGAGGAAGGCUAUCCAAGAUCCAUUGUUUUCCCAAUGUUGAACGAAUCCAAGCAGUUCGUUGGGCAAUGCACAUUGACCUGUACACGUGGGCCUGAGGCUCACCAACAGCCUGGCCGUGAAUUACGAGGUGAUGCCAGAAAAGAAAAGCGCCAAUACCGAUUAUGUUUAAAACUGAAAUCUGUCCGAGAUAUUGAGAUCCCUGGAGAAUAUUUGGUUCGCUACCAUAAUCCAUUUCUCGGUUCAGCCUUAGGUAAGUGUUAACUGUGGCUGCUGGUCGAUAUGAGAGACGAUUGACUUGUUUUGUGUAGUCACCAGUGACUGGUUCACUGUAAAGGACAAGGGUGAGCUGGUGUCCUUGAAUUUCUACUGCAUGUUCGACUUAUCGAAGAACCCACUUCAGCUCAAACAAGAAACGCAAGAGUCUGUCAGAAUUGACCUGAUCGCUAGCGAUGAAGAAACAGUCGGAAGUGCUGUCUUCAGUUUGAGCUACUUGUAUUUCUCUGAAGAACAUUUUUGCUGCUCUGAAGAUAAUUGUGACGAGAUUUUCAUGACUCAGACGGAAACGGAGGCUCAUUGGCUCGAGGUUCAUACCGAUUCAAAACUACCCGACACUCAAGCGGGACCAGAGGCAUACUCGCAUUCGUACCGCAGUUGCUCGAUCAACAUUCCAAUUGUCAGUGAUGAUGUCAGUAAUGGCUCAACUGUGCAACAACCACGACGCGUGGGAUCCAUCCGUGUUUCCGCAGUUUUGGAGGAUAUCGGAAUGCUUACUGAGAAGUGUGCAGCGGCACAGAGAGCAGUGCUCACUCUUCCCCCACCUCCGGUCCAAGAAAGAGUGAAUAUUAGUGAAGAAACGUCACAUGUAUCUCGACCAGCGGAGGAUGAAUCUAUAAGGACGAUGCGCGAGCGAUCAACUAGUACGUCGGUCUUACGAGAAGCAGAAGUAACAAGCAGCUCAGCGAAAGAGCCUUCGAUGGUUGAGGUGUGUGUUGACAAUUCCCACUUAACUAUCGAAGAGGAGCGAGUGAACAAACUACGUGAGCGAGAAAAGGAAGUAGCAACACUCAAGGAGACCUUGGAACGAGAGAGGAGCGCGUGGAAGCAAGAGCAGCAUCUCCAUCAAUUGCAAUGGAAACGGCGCUUUGCAGAAAUGGAAAAGGUGAGAAUGGACGAACUUGAAGAGGAAUGGGCACGUCGUGAAGAAGAGCGGAGCAAUUUGCUAAAGGCAGCGCAGGAAGAAUACCAGCGACUAGAGCAAACGCUUCGGAAAUCGUUGGCAGAUUUGGAGACGAGAGAGCGUCGAUUGGCUGUGACCGAGGCCGCUUUGCAGCGAGAGCAGGAAGCAAAACGAGAUGAAUAUGAUUCUCUUCAGCGGCGUUUGAAGAGCGAACAAAGCCAUACACUGUCAUUGGCAAAGAAACAGACUGAAGCGUAUGAACGACGUAUAUCACUGCUAGAGUCGCAGCUUGGUGAUACCGAGAGCCGCGCCAAGCAAGUCGAAGCUGAUUUUACCGAGUACCGCCAACAACAGCGAAAACUUCCCGAGUCCAAACUUCGAGAAGAGAUCGCAGCACUUAAGGGUAAUGUGUCUGAGCUAGAAAAGCAGAAAAUGGCAAAAGAACGGGAGUGCGAGAUCGCUGAGGCGAAUGUCGAGAAGAUGAAAUCCCAACUGGAUCAAAUGGCUGGUUUGCUAACCCGAGAGAAGAAGAAGCAUGAAGCACGAGUAGUGGAUGAGUUGGAGAAACUUCGCGUCAAGUAUAUCGCUCGGGAGGAAAGAUACGUACUCGAUGGAGAUCGAGACGAACUUCGAGCGAUUAAGAAGCAGCUGGACGACUUGAAGGGGUUUAAGAUGAGAGGCAACAUCGAAAAAAGACGCUCCCAUAGACAGCGUUCACAUGAACCGACUUCAUCACACCAUCAUCGCAAGUGCUGGCAUACACAGAGCCGUCAGAUAGACGCUCGAUCACCAAGUGAACAUUACCAUCCAGGAUCGCGUUUUCACUCUGACCACGCCUAUGGAAAUGCAAGCGACUGGGAGGCAUCCUCUUACGUAGAAACUAGACGUGCAGACACGACCCCUCGGUUAAAUCAACGUGAGUCACGGAGCGAACGAGAGUCUUCAAACUCUCAUAUAGCUAAUCACCAGGGCUCAUUAACGACGGAUAACGUCGACACAGACCAAGAUCAAGGUGAAUUAGAUGAUUCAGAAGAUACCCACGCCGAACCACCUGGCACUGAGCUUGGUCGGUUAAUUCGCGAGCGGAAAUUGCUGCUGGCUAGUGGAGCAUAUGACGCAAAAAGUUACCUGGUACGCGAGCUCGACCGCCUCAUCAGCGCCACAAAAGCAAAUGUUGAGCGCCAAAGUCAGUAGCGUCGAUAGAAUCUGAAUAAUUGACACUGCUAUCGCCUUGUUCAAUAUUGGUUUGUAUUCCAGAUUUCAGUGCACAACUC